CCGAGCUCGGUGGUUGCACCUCUUGGCAGAGCUCGAAACUUGAGCUCUGGCGGUGCUACCUCUUGACAGAGGAGGUUGCACCGCCCAGUCUCGCUUGGAGACAGAUGUAACACCCCUCAUUUCCGAAUGUUCGUAUAAUUUUUUUUGGUGAUAAUGUAAGCAUCUAUUUUAAUUGACAAAAGAAAUAGAGUAUGAAUCAGAGGUAACUUAUUUUUAAGAUUUGGGAGAUCUGUUCAAAAAAAAAAAAAAAAAAAAGAAAAAGAAAGAAUCUGAGGACCUAUAUGUAAACCCUAAGGACCUAAUCGUGAAUAUGAUAAAAACGAGGACUAAACUGCAAAAUGCACCAAAUGACAAAUUCCACCGCUUAAGCCUCUCUGCCUUCGUUGUUAAGGAAGCAGAGGAGGCAGCUCGUGGGUGAUCAGGGAAAGAAAAGAAGAAGAAGAAGAAGAAGAAGAAGAAGGAGAAGAGAAAGAAAAUUUGGGGCUUUUAGGGUUUUUGCUUAAAUCUUGUUACUUCGGGUCAAAAUUUGCAAAGGCAACGAGGAUGACGAGAUCAUCUGGUUCUCCUGUUGCAUCUACUGCUGAUCAAUUGAGUGGUAUUAUGCGGACUUUGGAGACUAUGGCACAUGUGAUGCAACAACAACAACAACCUGCCCAACAAGGAAAUAAUGAUGGGACAGAGACAUCAAACCAGACGGGGUUGGGAAUUGGACAGUUUAAGAAGCUUAGUCCUCCCAGUUUCAGUGGUGAGUCUGAUCCAAUGGUGGCGGAACGGUGGAUGAUGCAGAUAGAGAAAAUAUUUGAUGCCUUUAAUUACUCUGAUGAACGAAAGGUUUUUCUUGCCACCUUUAUGCUGGAGGGAGAAGCUAAACACUGGUGGAGAAUGAUUAAGAGGAUGUCUGAAAUCAAACAUGAGCCAAUGACAUGGAAGUUAUUCCAAGAAAAGUUUAACGAUAAAUAUUUUUCAGAAUGUAUGAGAGAGCAAAAAGAAUUGGAGUUCUUGAAUCUUAUCCAGGGAAGUAUGACGGUUACAAAGUAUGAAUCUAAAUUUACUGAGCUCUCCAGGUUUGCCACACAUAUGACUGAUGAUGAAUCUAGAAAGGCAAGAAGGUUUGAAAGGGGAUUACGGCCGGCAAUAAGAAGCCGAAUGUCAGCUUUAAAAUUACAAACAUAUGCUGAUACGGUAGAAAGAGCUUUGAAAAUUGAAAGAGACAUGGAGGAAAUUCAAGAAAUCAUUGGCAAGAACCAAAGGGACAAAUUUACUAGCAAAAGCAGGAGAGUAAAUGAAUACGAAGAUAGUAACAAGAGGUUUAAGACAUCUGGAUUUGAGAAAAGGAAACCAUGGGGGAGGACUCAGUUAUGUGAAAAAUGCGGGUUAAAUCAUGAGACAAGUCGGUGUUUUCGGGUGACUGGAGCAUGUUUUAAUUGUGGAAAGCUAGGUCAUCAAAUAAAAGAUUGCCCACUGAACAGGAAAAGAGAGCCACUGUCUCCUAGACCCUCAGCCCAUGCUAGAGUAUACGCUAUCACUGAACAAGAUUCUAGAGCUUCUAAAUCAGUGGUGGAAGGAUAGCGUAUCGCUUGCUUAAAUGUUAAGAAUGGGCUGAGGCAGUGGAAAAUUUAGAAGACGUUGGGCAGAACUUUUGUUAGCAUAUAUGUAGUUGUGUAUAAGCUACCUUGCAUCUAAUGAAAAGUGACUAUGAAUCUAAACCGGUGGAUUUUGUGUAAGUUAAAGGAUCCCUCAUGUAUAGGGUUUUGGAAUGUUAAAUUAAAUUCGUGUAAUGAUAUGAACUUAUGGUAAAUCGAUGAUUGUGGUGACUGCAUAGAUUUCCCCA